AUGGCCGAAGGGGAAAUAACAACGUUCACCGCCCUGACCGAAAAAUUCAAUCUUCCACUGGGGAACUACAAGAAGCCCAAACUCCUGUACUGCAGCAACGGAGGCUACUUCUUGAGGAUACUUCCAGAUGGCAAAGUAGAUGGGACAAGGGACCGAAGCGACCAACACAUUCAGCUGCAGCUAAGUGCGGAAAGCGUGGGUGAAGUAUAUAUAAAGAGCACUGAGUCUGGACAGUUUUUGGCUAUGGAUACCAAUGGACUUUUAUAUGGAUCACUGUUACCGGGUGAGGAAUGCUUGUUCUUGGAAAGAAUGGAAGAAAAUCAUUACAACACGUACACGUCUAAGAAGCAUGCAGAUAAGAACUGGUUCAUUGGCUUAAAGAAGAAUGGAAGCUGCAAACUGGGACCGCGGACUCACUAUGGCCAAAAGGCCAUCCUUUUCCUUCCACUGUCCGUGUCCGCUGAUUAA